UAAGCCAGAAUUUAAUUUUUUCGAGUCUCUUUGGCUUCUUCAAUACCGUACGACCGCGAUAGCUUCGCAACAGGCCCGACACAACAAUGGCGCCAAUUGACCCCGCCGCCGCCAAGGCUGAAAAGAAGGCGAAAAAGGAGAAGAAGCGAGCCCGAGAAGAAGAUGCAGCUGCCGACACAGAGCGAAAGCAUAAAAAGUCAAAGAGCGUCGCUGCCGCAGAAGUACCUGGAGCCAGCAGCGAUUUGAAGGCCGAGAAGAAAAAGAAGAAGAGUAAGAAGGACAAGCAUGCCGAAGAUGCCGCCGCGCAACCAGAGACAGAAGUCCCCGCAGUAGAGGGUAAGCCGGAGAAGAAACAUAAGAAGAAGAAGCAUCACGAUGCGGAAGUUGCAGCCACAGAAGAGGUCCACACCCCGGCUACAGCGGAUGGCGAGAAGAAGAAGAAGAGCAAGAAGAAGCACAAGGAAACCGAAGCGAUAGAAAUUGCAGAGCGACCUAAGAAGUCCAAGAAGGACGAGACCGCCGUUGAGCCCGAGGAGGAUGCUUCACCCGCCGACCCUGACGCUAUGGAUGUUGACAUGCCUCCUCCCGCCAAACCUUCAAAGUCGAGCAGCAACAUUUACCAACCACCCGAUAUCCCCGCGAACCCUCAAUUCCCCUUCUUCACACAGACCGUCUCACUCUACGAGCCUCUUUUCCCCAUUGGCUGGGCGCAGCCUGUCACAAGCUGCCAGCAACAGCACCUCUCACAUCUCCGAAACAAGUACGUGCCUUCGCUGCGCGGUGUUCUCCUCGACUACAAGAAUGUCGCUUUCGGCGAAAACCCUGGACGAAAGGGUGCGGCUACGGAUGAUGAGUCGCCGGCGACUGUCAUGGCCAAGGGCGAGUCUGCUGUUGGCUUCGGCUGGAUUACUGCUGAUGUUGAUCUUUUCGUGCCGAGUCGCGGUGCUUGGAUGGAGGGUAGUGUCAAUCUGCAAACUGAGGGACACAUUGGUGUUGUUUGCUUUGGCAAGUUCAACGCUUCAAUUGAAGCUCGUCGACUUCCUCCCGACUGGAAGUGGGUUCCCAACGAAUCCCCCGAGGCACAGGGCUUCGAGGAAACCGCUUCAGUCAUCACCGCCGACGAUCACGGCGUGGUUCGUCAAAUCCACAGCACCGGUUUCUGGGCCGACGGCAACGGCGACAAAGUUAAGGGCAAGAUUCGCUUCCGGAUACGUAACUUCGACGUCGGCACCAGCGGUGAGACCAGCUAUCUCAGCUUGGAGGGUACAAUGCUGGACAAGGCCGGUGAGAAGGCCGUUGUAGCUGAAGAGGCAGAGACAGCCAAGAUGCGAAAGGGCAAGAAGGGCAGCCAGCGCGCCCAGCGAAGACGUAUUCCCGAGUUCGCAAUGACUCGCUUCGCUGUAGAGGGAGAGGAGCAGACGGAGGAUAACGAGGCGGAGAAGCGCGAGGUGUUGGCGCUGCCCGAGGAUCUGUAAAAAGAAAGAAAGGCAUGGGACUAUAGGGAGCCAGGAGUUGUGUGAUACCUCGAUUUAAUGACGAACACUGUUAUCAAAAAGUUUGCGCUAAUGCUAAAAGAUCGCUGCCUUUGUCGUUACAAAGGAUCCUGCCCAGUACUUAUAUACAAAAUCGACCCAAUCCUUAACGCCAAAUACGUGAUACAUAAAGACUGCUCAUGCAGCAGCCUUGACCAUAGGCUCCCAUGGUCGAGCCAAGUUCCAGAGAUAUACUUCUCCGACGGGCUCUUCGCCCAAAGCCUUGACGAGAAUGUGUUGAAAGAGAGGGACGUUGGAGAAGAGAGGCGCAACGGGGGAGAUCGAUCCUCGAUCCCAACCCGGAGAAAGACCAUGCACCCAUGAAGGCUGUCGGACGAAAUCCUCGACUUUAUCGUGAUACGCAUCCCAGUCACCAGAGUGAUCAUUCACAACCACCUGAAAUCUGACACCCUGAAUAUCAACCGUGAUGCGCUGCACCAUACUCGGAAAUCCAGCCUCAGCACCCGAACUCAGAAUCCAAGUGUAAUCCGUCUGAUCACCGUUGCUCUCCCAAUCAUACCAAACCUGUGUCCCCAUUUCAGAAAAGUCAUUGAGAACGAGACGACCUUCCGCAUCAAAGCUCAGUUCGCAGUGUCGUGCGUCAAUACCUGGCAGCGAAGGCAGAACAACAUCGCAUGUUGAAGGAUCGGAACCGAGAACGAAAGACCCAGGGCGUUUGGGGGCUUUGUCGAAAGAUAGUUUGAUAGCGCGAGAGGGACGGCUGCCGAGGAGGUUUGGGAGGCGAGAGAGCAAAGUUGGGGAUGAGGUUGUUUGCACGGCGCGGGAGAUGUUGGAGGGCAGAUGUGUCGUUUUGUCAGCGAGAGAGUUUCGCGCUGUGGGGACUAGCCAGGCGAUGAUGUCGGACAUGAUGAUUAUAAAAGAUUGAAGUUGAGAGAGUGGUGUUGUAGAGAGGGUAUAUGGUGAGUUGACCAAAGAUGGUAGUGGUGGUAUAGUAUUUACAAGGCUCAAACGAGAGAAGCCGAAUACUCAAGAUUGGUAUGAAGAUUUAGUUGUGAUAGAAUGAAACGAAGAAAGCAUGCUGAAAAAAAGGCUGUCGAG